AUGGGAAAGCCACGAGGAGGGGGUACCAACGGGCGUAGGGGCCCCUCCGGCGCCAGCUAUGGCUCUGCAGAGGCCCCCUUUGGGAUACCUUUGGGGGAACCAACUGGGGGUGCCCCAAGGGGCCCCCUGGUAGGGCCUCAUUUUGGCACUGCAGCGGUGUCUCCAUCACCAUGUGCCCCCUUUCCACUCUCUCUGGAGACGGCGUCUUCGUGCUCAUCUCCCGAGACCCCUGCAGCUCCUAAAUAUCCCGAUAGGGACGCCUCCUCUUCGUCCAGCAAUUCCCCACCUUGUAUUGGCUCUUUGGGGUGUUGCCAAGAGAAUCUCUCCGAGGGUAUCGCAGACGGUGUUUCUGGAGAUUCUGCGGUGCAUCACCCCAUGGGCCUCCCCGGGGGCUCAAUGCAGCCUUGGGAAGUGGCAGAAGAGCUGCGGCACUUGGAAUCUGUACGGAGGGCCUUCUCCCUGUACGAGGCAGACUCUCUAUGUGAUGUUGCUCGGAUAGAGAAGCACCUAUUGUCUCUCAGCGAGGAGGACAGACAGUUGCUGGGGCCCCCAAGCCCGGAGGAGCGCGUGGCGGCUAUCAAGCAAGCAGUGGGUGUAAAUCAGCAGUUUAUUGAUAUCAUGCUUCUUGCUGCUGCCUAUGUAGGCCCAUGCACACCUCAUGAGGGAUCGGAGGCGUUUUCUGACACAGACCAGCACAGGCAACAAAUGCAGCAAGUGCAGCAGCAAUUGCAGCAACAGCAGGCAAAUAAGCAGCAAGUCAAACAAAACAAGGGACAACAGCUGAAUCGCAAGAGGAGGCGCAAGAAGCUGCAGCAGCAACAGCAGAGGCUGGAGGAGCAGAGCCAACACAAUCGAAAUAGCCAACAAGGGGAAGAAAGACAGUGUAGCGGUUGUUGCAGCAGCAGCAGUACUGAAAGCCGCCGUCUGCUGCUGGAAGCCGAGCAAGACGACCCAGAAAAGCUGACACGGAAUCUAAGCAAAGUGCGCAGUACACUGCGUCAAUUUGUGCGGGACUGGGCAGAAGAGGGUUCAGAGGAGCGAGAGGCAGCGUAUGGGCCCUUGCUCAGGGCCCUUGAGGAGCACUUACCAAUUACACCGGACAAAGAUCCACCUAGAAUUUUAUGCCCUGGAUCGGGUUUGGGUCGCUUGCCGUUUGAGGUGAUGCGGCGCGGUUACUCUUGCCAAGGCAAUGAGUUCUCCUAUUUCAUGCUCAUCGGAUCCGACUUCCUCUUGAACUCACGGCUGAGUCCCAAGUCUCUACCGUUGCAGCCCUACUGUCUUUCGACCUCAAACAGGCGAUGCGAAUCUGACCAUCUUGACGUUGUUUGGGUACCGGAUGUCGCACCCAGCGAACACGUCGCUCCAUCUGCUGACUUCUCCAUGUGCGCGGGAGAAUUUGUGGAGGUGUACGGAAGCCCAUCGAACUCUGUACCGGCCUCUGCACGUGUAUUUGACGGGGUCUUGACUUCCUUCUUUUUGGAUACUGCGCGAAAUGUUCUGGUGUAUAUUAAAACAAUCGCAAAGAUUGUUCGGCCGGGGGGGUUGUGGGCCAAUGUGGGGCCCCUCCUCUACCACUACGCCGAGAUGCCUCAUGAGAUGAGCGUAGAGUUUUCAGCCGAAGAGAUACUUAGAGUGAUCAAGAACUGGUUUAACUUGUUGAAGGUGGAGUGGCGUGACUGCUACUAUACGUCAAACAACAAGUCCAUGAUGCAGGUGCAGUACCACUGCCUUCACUUUGUGGCUAUCCGUAAUGAAAAGCCUUCACCUGAGCUCGCACCUGGCGUCACUGGCUGA